UGACUGGCUGCGGCGAAUGGGUUGGGGUUGUCUCCAGGCCGCUAACAGGGUCGGGCUGGGAAAAGAUUUUUCAGACCUAGCGGGCUAAAACCCUCCCCCGCUGCCAACAUGGAGAGCAGGUGCUACGGAUGCGCCAUCAAAUUCACCCUCUUCAAGAAGGAGUAUGGCUGUAAGAAUUGUGGCCGAGCCUUCUGUUCCGGCUGUCUCAACUUCAGUGCCAUGGUGCCCCGGGCUGGGAACACCCAGCAGAAAGUCUGCAAGCAGUGCCAUGAGGUCCUGACCAGGGGCUCUUCUCCAGCCAAUGCCUCCAAGUGGUCGCCCCCUCAGAACUAUAAGAAGCGCAUGGCAUCUCUAGAAGCCCAACAGAAGCCCAGAACUCUCCGAAGUCAGGGGCUGAACCAGCAGGACCAGCUCAUCGCUGAGCGCCUGGCACGGCUCCGCCAGGAGGACAAGCCCAAGCCAGUGGCCUCAGAGGCAGAGAUUGCAGCCAGGCUGGCUGCCCUGAGAAGUGGGACCCAGACAGCUGUCCCUUCCACUCAGGAGAUGGAGGCACGACUGGCUGUCCUGCAGGGUAGAACUCUGCCUCCACAAGCCCUCCAGCCGGCACAACAUUCAGUAGACACCAGGACUCAGGCACAGCAGACCCAGGACCUACUCGCACAGCUGACUACUGAAGUGGCUCUCGACGAAAGCCGGGAACAAAAAGGCUCAGUUGCUUCUGCCCAGAAUGACCUCAACCAAGGCCACCCAGGGGGCCACACUGUAUGUCCCUGGGGGCAGACCACCAGGUCCCCAGAGGAAGAGAAGAGCAAACUGCUGGCCCAGGCAGCAGUUGAGCUGCGGGAGGAGAACACCAGACAGGAGCGGAUCCUGGUCCUUGCCAAGCGGCUGGCUGUGCUGCGAGGAGAGGACCCCGACCGAGUGACGCUUCAGGACUAUCAUUUCCCAGACAGUGAUGAUGAAGAAGAUGAGGAGACAGCUAUCCAGAGAAUCCUGCAGCAGCUCACUGAGGAAGCUGCCCUGGAUGAGAUGAGCGGCUUCAACAUCCCUGUGGAACCGGCUCUCCAACCCCAGACCCGAACCUGCAGGGAAGAGCCCAAGGCCCCGCACCCCAGGCCCAAGGCUGAGGAUGACGAGCUUCCUUGGUGCUGCAUCUGCAAUGAGGAUGCCACCCUGCGUUGCACCGGCUGUAACAGAGACCUAUACUGUGCCCGCUGCUUCCGGGAAGGCCAUGAUGUCUUUGAUCUGGAAGAACAUCAGACUUCUGCCUACCAUCCACCAAGGGCUGGCCAGGAUUACUGAGGAAGUUCUAGGCCCUUCCAGAGAGGCUUCCUGCAGGCAGCUGUCUCUAGUCAUGCUUCCAGUCUCCGCUUAGGUUGCUGCUGAACCCUGUCCAGGCCCCACCUCCUUGGAAAGAGGAAGGAUCCUGUAUUUGAGAUGCUGGCUGAAAGAGCCAGAGUGAGACAUAAGCCUGGAACCCCCUGUUUUCAAAGUAAGGAUGGUUGUGAGAGGUAUGAGGGGGAAAGGCCAGAAUGGACCAGAGAAUGGGCCUGGUGACCUGGUUUCAGUGGCCAGGGACCUCCCCUACACUCAGUGACUCUAAUAAAGUGCAUUGACUCCUUGGUA